GUUGGAGCUGGUGCUAUUGGUUGUGAAAUGUUAAAGAAUUGGUCUAUGAUGGGUUUGGGUACUGGUCCCAGGGGUGUUAUCCACGUUACUGAUAUGGACACAAUUGAAAAGAGUAAUUUAAAUCGACAGUUCUUAUUCCGUCCUAAUGACGUUGGAAAAUUAAAAUCGGAAUGUGCCGCCUCUGCCAUUGCAGCAAUGAAUCCUCAUACAGUUGGUAAAAUAAUCGCACACCAAGAUCGCGUUUCUGUCGAGACGGAGAAUGUCUAUAACGAUGAUUUCUUUGAGUCUUUGGACGGUGUUACUAACGCAUUGGAUAAUGUCGAAGCUCGUAAAUAUGUAGAUAGACGCUGCGUAUACUUUAGAAAACCUUUACUAGAGUCCGGAACCUUGGGUACAAAGGGUAACACACAAGUUGUUAUCCCUUACCUCACGGAAUCUUAUUCUUCAUCACAAGAUCCUCCAGAAAAAUCGAUUCCAAUCUGUACUCUAAAAAACUUUCCCAAUGUCAUUGAACACACUAUCCAAUGGGCACGUGACGUAUUCGAAGGAUUGUUCAAGGUGCCAGCCGAUAAUGUUAACCUUUAUUUAAGCCAACCUGACUUUGUUGAAGCUACAUUGAAGCAAGGUGGUAACCAGAAGGAAACAUUUGAAACCAUCCAAGGUUAUCUGGUCACAAAUAAACCCCUGGGAUUCGAACAAUGCAUUGAAUGGGCACGAUUUAAGUUUGAGGAAUUUUUCAACAACAAUAUUCAACAGUUACUUUUUAAUUUCCCGAAAGAUUCGAAAAACAAAAUCUUAUAUAGUUAG